AUGUCGUCAUCAUCUCCUGAGGAAGAGGACUGUGUCGUGGCUAUCAAGUUCAUGGGACCGCAACUCAGCUUGUGCAGACCGGCUCAAAGCAACUCAGAGUGGACCAACAUAAGGAUCAGAAACCCAUGCUUCUUCUCCUCCCCUGUCAUGUUCUCCCAGAGAGAGGGCAUGUUUGGCAUACCCGGAGCUGGAGGCCACCUCAUCGGAUCAUGGGAUCUCGGUUAA